AUGGUAUUCCUUGACAGACUCGCUACAAAAGAAAGGCUUAACCGUAUGGGGAUUAUUAUUGACUGCCACUGCAUCUUCUGUGGUGCUGUUCUGGAAACCAGAAAUCACUUAUUCUUCGAUUGUUCUGUUGCUGCUUCAUUAUGGUCAGGUGUUUACCUCCUCAAUGGGUUACGGUUUAGGCACCCAUCUUGGGAUGCCCUUUUUGCUUGGGUUGCUGCUUCUUGGAAGGGUAAAUCUUUACUCACUUCUAUUAUAAAAAUUGCUUCAAAUGCCUUAAUCUACACCAUUUGGCAAGAAAGAAACAAGAGGCUCUUCCAAGGUCGUUCUUCAACUGUUGAAGAGAUGUUCUAUGCUAUCAAGGAAAUAGUUGGACUUCACCUAAUGGAUAGGCCUAUUAAUAGAAUAGAUAAUGUUAAUAUAAUUCUAUGUAACAAAUGGGGUAUAGUUUGA